AGUCAUACAUUUCUAUUGUUUCCCUCGUAAUUUGAAGAAACCAAAAACCUAUUUCAUAUACGAGAAUACUCGCAGUUAUGGCAGCUGGCCCAUUAUCUUCUUUCAACAGUCCUCAGCGGUCUGUUUGGACCUGUCAUAUCAAAACCUGUCGAUGCUGUGUUUGGAAUGCGAUGAGCGCCGGCAAGCGUACCUCGCAGGAUCUACUCUCCGGAGUUCCCCUCCUGCGAUCUGUGAUCUUCGGUCUUACACCGAACAUAAUGCGGGGUAAGCGAAAAUAACAGAUGUAACAGGAACGCUUUUGCUACUUCUCCUCUUCUGUCAUGAUGCCAAGUAGUGCGCUAUGACAUGAAGCAUGGCCACGCAUGCCGGUCGGAGUACGGUCCGUGGGGAGUAUAGAGACAGUUAAAUAGAGCUUCUUGUGAGAAACGACACCUGAGUACAUGUAUCCUCGAGAGUUAGCAUUCUAAGCCGAAGUUCGUCUUGCACCAUGCUUGUUCGCGAUCUUAUUGUGUACAGCAUAUUUUCUAUCUCUGGAGUGACUGCGACUCCUAUUGAUUACUCCCAAUAUGUCAACCCGUUCAUAGGAUCAGAGGGCCCCAUUGCUGGGAAGGGAUUCGGUGGAGGUGACAUUUUUGUUGGUGGUGCGCUGCCCUUUGGCGUAGUGAAGGUUGGAAUAGACACCACCGCCGCGAAUUGGUCAAUUGCGGUCCUCAAUGGCGGAUGGACUCCAGAUGGCAAUGUCACGGGAAUAAGCAUGAUGCACGAGAGUGGUACAGGAGGUGCACCUAAAUAUGGACUGAUUAGCCAAAUGCCAUUGACUUCUAUCGCUCCCCCGGUCAAUAUUCUCGACAAUUUGACUUAUAGUCAGCCCAGGGUUGGCAAUGAUACUGCUAGUGUGGGGUAUUUCAAGAGUCAGCUACAAAAUGGCGUCACGAUUGAACUAUCUGGGUCCAGACAUUCUGGUAUCAUUCAGUAUUCUUUUCCAGAGGGUGAGAAGCAUGUACUCGUCGACGUAUCCCAUUAUCUCCCAGGAUCACCGAGUGAUACAAGUCCACAAUUUUAUGUUGGAGGCGAGAUUGAGAUAUCACAGGAUGGUGCCUCAUACAGUGGAUAUGGCACGUAUAUUGGCGGCUGGAACAACGGCGCCCCGUUCACUGUGUACUUCUACGGGGAAUUCAAUCACAAGCCCAGCACAUCGCAGACAUUCACUGGGGUUAAUACUGAUCCUAUUCCUCGGUAUCAGAAUCUCGCAAAUGGCGGGAUCAGCGAACCUGUCUACGGGAAUAUCUCCAAAGCGACAUCUGGUCCUCUGAAUGACCGCGUCGGAGCGCUUUUUACCUGGGAUGAUAGCAGUCAAUCUUCACAGAUCAGCUCCCGCGUUGGCAUUUCUUUUAUCUCAGUGGACAAAGCUCACUCAUACAUCAAGUCAGAAAUCAGCUCUUGGAAUUUGAACGAUACUGUCACCGCGGCAGUAAAAGAAUGGAACCAGGAUGUCUUCAGUAAAAUCCAAGUUCCCCUUGGACAGUCUGCUAAUUUCACACAUUUGAGAUUGCUGUACAGUUCUCUGUACUUUAUGCAUCUCAUGCCGUCUGAUCGUAGUGGAGAGAAUCCUCUGUGGGAAUCGGACGAACCAUUCUGGGAUGACUUUUACACAAUGUGGGACAUCUUCCGUUGCACUGUCAGCUUUUACCAUCUUGUGCAGCCUACUUACUACGAAUCUAUGAUCCGAUCCCUUAUCGAUAUCUGGAGACAUCAAGGCUUCCUGCCAGAUGGACGGUCCGGUAAUUGGAACGGACUGGUCCAGGGAGGUUCCAAUGCAGACAACGUUUUGGCCGAUGCCUACGUUAAGGGCUUGCGGGGAGCGAUCAAUUGGACGGACGGCUAUGCAGCAAUGAAGAAAGAUGCUGAGGUCAUACCCUACAAUACUUACGAUCCUACUGAUUAUACCGCCAGCACAAAAGAAGGUCGUGGUGCGCUGGGCGACUGGAAGGAGUUAGGAUAUGUAUCUCAGGACCGAAACACUCGAUGCAUUUCUCGGACCGUGGAGUACAGUCUUAAUGAUUUUGCUCUCAGUCAAGUUGCCGCUGGGGAGGUGCCCGAGGAUCAGCAGAAAUACUUGAAACGCUCAGCUAACUGGCAAAAUAUAUGGGAUCAUAACGUCACCAGUCUAGGUUUCGCCGGGUUCCUGGCACCCAAGUUCUCGAAUGGGACCUUCAAUACUACCUAUGAUCCUUUACUUUGCGGUGGAUGUGAGUGGGUCGAUUAUACGUACGAAGCUGUUCCGUGGGAAUACUCCUUCGUAAUUCCUCAUGACAUGGAGACCCUGGUUGAAUUCAUGGGCGGACCGACGACUUUCGAGUCUCGUCUGGACUUGAUGUUCAAACCAAAUAUGAGCCAGCAAAGUCUCGGCGCAAAUGGGGCUGGUAUCACAACUCUGAUGAACAUCGGCAACGAGCCCGAUUUUGCGACUCCUUAUCUCUACCAUUACAUUAGCAAACAAGCCAAAAGUGUCCAACAAUCACGUAGUCUGGCUAAUCAAUACUUCAAGGAUGCGCCGUAUGGGAUUCCCGGGAACUCAGAUGCUGGGGCCAUGAAUUCGUGGCUACUAUGGAACAUCAUCGGAAUUUAUCCCGUCGUCACCCAACCCGUUUACCUGCUAGGUUCACCGUGGUUUCCAGAUCUCAACAUGACCAUCAAUGGUAACAAGACGUUGCGUAUUACUGCGACAGGGCAAGACAAGGGAAAUUUCGUCCAAGGAGUCCAGAUUAAUGGGAAGCAGUGGAACAAGAACUGGUUCGAGCACAAAGAUGUCAUGGUUGACGGAGGCAUCAUUGAAUUCCAACUCGGGUCGGAGAUGAAGGUCUGGGAAACCGGAGAGGUACCCCCGAGUCCCGGACAUUAUACGCUGUAGAGUUUUAGUGUUGCUACUACUCUGUCAUUAAGAAUAAAGAGGAUCUAGUAACAUCAGAUGAACCUCAAGAAUUCUUCCU